GGAUGCCGUCGCCACUAGGUUAGUUUGAACAACAAUGGGCGUGGAGUGGACACGGCGCAUCUUAACUGUCGUGGUGGCUGCCCCCGCGGCGAUGUACUUGCUCGGAAGUUCGAUUGGCACGGCGGUGCUGGCCACAGUGAUCAUGUCCGGGUGUCUGAUCGAGUUCCGCUUGAAUCUGUGUCCUCCAUUGCUGUUGCACGUCGUCGGUCAAAAGCCAGAGGCCAAGAACCACCUUGUGCACGCUGCAUUCGUCGUCUCCGUGGGAUGUCUGGUUGCAGUGGCUGCCACCCAAAGCAAACCACUUCAUGAUGCUGCCACUUCUGCGGGGUACGUUGUCGUGUUUGGCUAUCACUUGCUCUUGGCGACGACAAGAAGUCCUCCAUCCAAGGCGACGUCCCUCCACGCCGGCAUUGUCGACCUCUUUCUCGACCUCGUUGCAAUGACCUACAUCGUCCAUGGCUUCUCGCACGCCAUUCUCGUUCGUUAUGCCACGUCCUACGGCAUGGGGCUCCAAAUCAUGACGUUAUCGUGUUCGUGGCUCUGCGACACGGGGGCACUGGUCGCGGGCAGCGUUUUUGGCUCGACCAAACUGCUGCCCACGAUCAGCCCUGGGAAGACCACCGCAGGGGCUGGGGGGAGUGUAGUGUUUGGCAUGCUCACAGUCACUGGGGCGUUUGCGAUAGUGCAUAUCAUUGGAACUCCAGACUUGUUGCCACCGCUGCAUUACGGUGAGCAAGUGGCUUUGGGGGGGGGUAUGGGGGUGCUCUGUGUGAUGGGGGAUCUGGUGGAGUCAUAUUUGAAGCGCGUAGCCCAAAUCAAAGACUCGGGCGCGUUGUUCCCUGGGCAUGGCGGCUGCCUCGAUCGCAUGGACAGUCUGCUGUUCAUUGCGCCGCUGAUGUACCAUGUCGGCCAGUAUAAGCAGUGGCAAUAGAUAUGAUGAUGAUGGGGGGGGGUACCUAAGUGCCCGUCUGGCAACCUGAAGUAUUACAUCAAUAUUCUG